AUGACCCGUCGUUCUAGAGGCAAUCCUGAGAUCAACACCGACGAGUCGCGCGGCUCCCGUGAGGAUGAGGAAAGCGAACGGGGGCUGCCGCCAUGGAUGCGGCUGUACUUCUACGGAAUGCACGGCGUGACCCUGGAUGUACUGCUCUCCUCAUUGCAGAGGGUUUUAUCCGACCGGGACCCUAAAUUGUUGGGUUUUUCCUCGCCGUGUCUGUGCUUGGUACAUUCACUGACCUAUCUGGCGCUGGAAAAGAUUUACUCGAAGAAAAGAUGCUUUCAAGGAAGACCGGUGGUUUUUCAUCUGCUCUUCUAUCCGUCUGUUUACAUUGGGCUGCAAGUCCUGGUAGGGAACAUCAGCAACAUUCUGAGUAAGCAGGUUGAGGUCAUAUCAGGGAAACACUUGGUCCUCCACUACUUCCUGGCUCUAUAUUUUAGUCAGGUGUUCCACAAGGGGAUGUCUAGGCUCAGCUACUAUCCCAGCAGGGAAGCCCUUCCUCUCCAAAGCCUCCCCGGGUACCUCCGCUUCCUGUUUUUCGGCAUGCACGGCUUUGUGAAUGAGGUGGUGUUCACCUCCGCGUUCAACUUAGUGGAGAAUCAAAGCUUGACGGGUCACACGUCCCUUUGGUCUUUCCUCAUAUAUGGCAGUUGCAGCUUCGUGGUGGAGAAGCUCUACCUGAACCUGCACUUUGAAAGACUCUGGGGGACCUGGCAAAGGCUCCCUAUCUACAUCUGCUUCAUCUACACCUGGGAAUUGUGCUGGGGUCUGGCCCUGAGGCAGUUCGACGCCUGCUCCUGGGACUACUCCCACUACCCGCACAACUUCAUGGGACUCAUCACUCUUAUCUACCUGCCGGGCUGGGCCUGUCUGAGUCUCUAUCAAGAUGUGCUGUCCAACAUCCUGUUCUGCAUCAGAUGCACCGCAGGGACUCGGCAAUCGAGCGUGGACGGAGCAGAAGCCAAUGGGCAGCCUCGGAAACAAAUAUUUUAA